UCUCUGAAACUAAAAUUAGGUUUCAUGGUAUUAAUGAUAAAACUUUAAAGAAAAUAUCAGUUUAUUAUAGUGUAGAAUAUAAUGAGGAUACAAACAGCAAUGAUGUGAUUUGAGAUGGCACGAGGAAAUGCUGAAGUUGAAGAGUUAGACUGGUUUCAUCCAAACUUAAAUCGUCACCAUGCAGAAGCCCUUUUAAUUCAAAAUGGAAAGGAUGGAUCGUACCUACUACGAACAAGCACCUCUCACGAUGGAGAAUAUUCCUUAUCAUGUCGUUGUGCAGACUCUGUAAAGCACUUCCAGAUUGGUUGGGACGGUGUUUACUAUACGUUUGGGAUGGGAACGUUUAACAGUUUAGCAGAGUUUGUUAAACACUUUGAAAAUAAACCGUUAAUUGGUGGCGAAUCAGGUGUGCUAACAAUAUUAAAGUUUCCCUACCCACGUGACAUAGAAGAACCAGAUAAAUAUGAAACCGUACGCGUUCAUGCUGAAUGGAAAGAUAGACCGACUUCGAUGAAUGACGAUGUCUGUCAGCCUGCUUCUAUAAAUUCAAAAGAAGGUUAUCUAACAAAGCAAGGUGGUCGAUUCAAGAGUUGGAAAGCACGUUGGUUUGUUCUUUGUAAGAAUGAAUUAAAAUAUUAUAAAACGAAAGGAGAUAAAGUACCCAUCCGCACUUUGGAUUUGAACAAAUGCACGACUAUCGAAGAAGAUUUUAAUACAGGAAAAGAACACACAAUAAGAAUUGAGAUGCCUGAUCGCCAUUUUUUUGUGUUUGCGGCUACUCAAUCAGAAAAACAGGAAUGGCUAGACAUUUUACAAUGGAAAAUGAACCAAAAAGUUUCGAACAACAAAUAAAAUAUGUUGGUGCCCUGAACUUCUUCAAUCUCAAACGUGUCCUGUUGUUUUCUAUGAAAAAAAUCAGGGUGAAAUGACGAAAAGUUUAAACAGAUCAUCCAUCUCGGUUAUAAUAGGUUUUUCGUAUAGUGUAUAUAUUAUUUAUCAGUGCAAGAAAAAAAGGCGCUUUAUUAGGAGAAAUCUUCGCGAAUUUUUCCGAAAUAAAUUUCUACGAAAAAUAUUUUAUUUUUACCACCCUCUAAGACAGGGAAAUGAUGCAGGUGCAUGCUAUUUUGUUUUAUGGUUUUUAGGUUUUAAGAAAAAAAAGUAUGUCAGAUAAUAUACAAGGCAAAUUAAUCAAUUCAACUAGUUGGAAAAAUCCACGGGUUCGCUUUCUUCAGAUUUUCGUCGAGUAGCGAUUCGGUUACUAUUUUGAACAACCCUUAAAAUUAAUUUUACGCUGAAAAUAAAAAAUAGGCUAAUCCUCGAAAUUAAUAUUUCGCGAGACAAGAAAAAUCACGGUUAUUCCUUACCGCGAAAAUUUCUUCCAAUGAAGUAAUUCUCAGAUUUUCUGUCAAACACAUGUUAAAAACAAACCACACUGGCUGUUUUUUUUCCGUACUUAAGAUUUUAUUUUAUUGUGUAAAAUUUGAUAUUCUAUUUAAUGUAAUCUCGUUACCAUGCAUUCUCAUUCCCAGAGAGCUCUUUAAUAUUUUCGACGUUUAUCUUGAAGAGCUCAGGAGACGAAUAUGGUUACCAUGGAUGAUUACCUGCCCAACGCAAAAAAGUCAUGGACAACGCAAAACAUCUUAUCCACAGAGUUAGUUUUAUAUUUUAGGCUAUAUAAUAUUUUGUAAAUUUUAUUUUUAUAGGUGUUACUUAUAGUUGUUCGUUUA